UGCUGCACACCACUAGAGGAGUCAUUGUCUUCCACAUCCCCCCCCAUUUGCACUUGCCUUCCCCCAGUUCCUCCUCCCCUUCAUGGUAUAUUUUUCUUCCACACUUUCCUGCGUCCAUCAGUGGCUGUGGAGUCUGCAUGGGGCUCAGUGGAGUUGAAAGUCUAGAGCCUUUUGCUGUUUUGUUUAAGACCUGGUUAUGGUUGUGAGAUUUUUUUUUUUUUUUUUUGUCAGCUGCCUGUUAUAUCAAUCACAGAGUCGGGAUCUAUUUAUAGGUUGGGAGUACUGUGUCCUUAGUCACAAAGAGACACAGACAGGGGACUGUCAGCUGGUACCGGAGGAGCGGAGCAACGAGUUAUCAGCAACUGAAAGCACCUGAGGGGCCGCGCAUUCCACCCCAGCCCCGUCCUCCACGCCAGCCCCAAGCAUGCUGCUGAACAGGAUGUCCUCGGAUGACAGGCACCUGGGCUCCAGCUGCGGCUCCUUCAUCAAGACCGAGCCGUCCAGCCCGUCCUCCGGCAUCGACGCCCUCAGCCACCACAGCCCCAGUGGCUCGUCCGACACCAGCGGCGGCUUUGGCCUGGCCCUGGGCACCCACGCCAGCGGUCUGGACUCGCCACCCAUGUUUGCAGGCGCCGGGCUGGGAGGCACCCCGUGCCGCAAGAGCUACGAGGACUGCGCCAGCGGCAUCAUGGAGGACUCGGCCAUCAAGUGCGAGUACAUGCUCAAUGCCAUCCCCAAGCGCCUGUGCCUCGUGUGUGGGGACAUUGCCUCCGGCUACCACUACGGCGUGGCCUCCUGCGAGGCUUGCAAGGCCUUCUUCAAGAGGACCAUCCAAGGGAACAUCGAGUACAGCUGCCCGGCCACCAACGAGUGUGAGAUCACCAAACGGAGGCGCAAGUCCUGCCAGGCCUGCCGCUUCAUGAAAUGCCUCAAAGUGGGGAUGCUGAAGGAAGGUGUGCGCCUUGAUCGAGUGCGUGGAGGCCGCCAGAAAUACAAGCGACGGCUGGACUCAGAGAGCAGCCCAUAUCUGAGCUUACAAAUUUCUCCACCUGCUAAAAAGCCAUUGACCAAGAUUGUCUCAUACCUACUGGUGGCUGAGCCAGACAAGCUCUACGCCAUGCCUCCCCCUGGCAUGCCUGAGGGGGACAUCAAGGCCCUGACCACUCUCUGUGACCUGGCAGACCGGGAGCUUGUGGUCAUCAUUGGCUGGGCCAAACACAUCCCAGGCUUCUCGAACCUCUCCCUGGGGGACCAGAUGAGCCUGCUGCAGAGUGCCUGGAUGGAGAUCCUCAUCCUGGGCAUCGUGUACCGCUCGCUGCCCUAUGACGACAAACUGGUGUACGCCGAGGACUACAUCAUGGACGAGGAGCACUCCCGCCUCGCGGGGCUGCUGGAGCUCUACAGGGCCAUCCUGCAGCUGGUGCGCAGGUACAAAAAGCUCAAGGUGGAGAAGGAGGAGUUUGUGACGCUCAAGGCCCUGGCCCUCGCCAACUCCGAUUCCAUGUACAUCGAGGAUCUGGAGGCUGUCCAGAAGCUGCAGGACCUGCUGCACGAGGCGCUGCAGGACUACGAGCUGAGCCAGCGCCACGAGGAGCCCCGGAGGACGGGCAAGCUGCUGCUGACGCUGCCCCUGCUGCGGCAGACGGCCGCCAAGGCCGUGCAGCACUUCUACAGCGUCAAACUGCAGGGCAAGGUGCCCAUGCACAAACUCUUCCUGGAGAUGCUGGAGGCCAAGGUCUGAUGGCCCCGCACACGGACCAUGCCCACCUGCAGACAGACAAACGGACAGACCGAGGUGGAGCCCUCCACAGCCACCAGCCUCCACCUUCAACCCCUGGAUCAUGGCUCUGAGCUGUCCCAGAGGCAGGGGUUUCUCGCUCCUGGCUGUGUGCAGACUCCCGGGUGCAGUGGG